GUUAAAAUAUUUGACUUCAUUCACUUCUCCACACAGAGAUUAUUACUUGAGGAUGGAGGAGGCACGAGAAUCGCCGGCGGAUCACGGCUUUUAUAUGCCGGCGGAGUGGGAAACUCAUGCCCAAACUUGGAUCGGCUGGCCUGAACGGCAAGAUAACUGGCGGCACAACGCUAUACCGGCACAACGAGUUUUUGCAGAUGUUGCCAAGGCGAUCUCAAAGUUCGAACCUGUGACAGUUUGUGCAAGCUCGGCUCAGUGGGAAAAUGCAAGGAAACAGCUUCCAGAGGAUGUAAGAGUUGUUGAGAUGAGCAUGAAUGAUUCUUGGUUCCGUGACUCUGGACCAACUUUUGUUGUGCGGAAAAGACCUUUAAAACUCAGUUCUCUUAACCGUAACAUCGCUGGAAUUGACUGGAAUUUCAAUGCCUGGGGAGGAGCUGAUGAAGGUUGUUACAGUGAUUGGAGUCAUGACCUUCUAGUUUCAAAAAAGAUUCUCGCUGUUGAACGAAUUCCAAGAUUUCAACACUCGAUGAUUCUUGAAGGAGGCAGCAUCCAUGUCGACGGGGAAGGAACCUGCCUUGUCACAGAAGAAUGUCUUUUGAACAAAAACCGGAACCCUCAUAUGAGUAAAGAGCAAAUAGAGGAAGAACUCAGAAAGUAUCUCGGAGUACAAACAUUUAUCUGGCUUCCUCGUGGUCUCUAUGGUGAUGAUGACACAAACGGCCACAUUGAUAACAUGUGCUGCUUUGCUAAACCGGGAGUUGUGCUAUUAUCUUGGACAGACGAUGAAACUGAUCCUCAAUACGAAAGAUCCGUAGAAGCUCUUUCGGUAAUCUCAAACUCCAUUGAUGCUCGUGGCAGGAACAUUCAAGUCGUCAAACUUCACGUCCCUGGACCGCUUUAUAUGACCGAAGAAGAAGCUUGUGGAAUCAUUCAGGAAGGUGAAGCUAAACCAAGGCUUGCAGGGACAAGACUCGCAGCAUCGUAUGUGAAUUUCUAUAUAGCUAACGGAGGAAUAAUCGCACCGCAAUUCGGUGACGCAGAACGCGAUAAAGAAGCGAUUCGUGUCCUCUCAGAGACAUAUCCUCAUCACUCGGUUGUGGGAAUCGAGAAUGCAAGAGAGAUUGUUCUAGCUGGAGGAAACAUACAUUGCAUUACGCAGCAGCAGCCUGCGGAGCCUAACUCCGUAAUCGAAAACGGCCACUGACGGUGUUCUCCACGCGCCGCCAAGGAUUGAAGAUCGUUCGUUUUUAUGAAUCCUAGCCGUUAAUUUGGUUUGAACAUUAAUUUGAUUCGCGAGAGAGAACAAGAACCGUACGAUCGUUCCAGACGUAAAUGUAUUUAUAGUUCGUUGACUAAGAAAUUCGAUGUAUCGGUUUUAAGUUCGGAUCGGUUUGUCCUAUUAAUCAUAGAAAACCCAAUCUGUCGGUUUUAGGGAUCAAAUAAAUCUUGCAUAAUGAACCUUUUUUUUUA